CCUCUUUUUAUCUUCACACAAUCGUCAUUAUAUAUUUAUGCAAAAAAUUCUCGUCAUUUUUACAGACUUAACUUUUCUUUUGUUCUUUAACUUCCAACCUUUUUCCAAAAAAAUUUUUUUCAGAAAAUUCCUCCCAAAAUACUUUAUUUUUUCUUUUUUUAAAUGUUUCUCCCAUUAAAAGUUCCCCCUCCAAAAAUUCCAAAAAUGGAAAACACCAAAAAAUCCCUUUUUUUAAAUAUGGCCCUUUUUUUUAUUUUAAAUUAUUUUUUGGCAUUUUUUUGUGCUCUAACAUUUCCUCGUUUUUAUAGUUUUUAAUCUCUCAAGGGGCCUAUCCCCCCCCUCCCCCCAAAAUUUUUUUUCUUCAUUUCCUUUUGAUUGCUUGUUGUACAUAUUUAAAUUUUUCAUAUGUUGCUUCAACUCUUUUUUCUACCUAAAAAAAUCUUUGUGUGAAAAUUUUUUUUAAUUUUUAACUCGAGACUUUUCUUUCUUUUUUUUAAUUUUUGAAUAUUUAAUUUUUGAGAUCUUUUUUAAUUUUUUUAAACAAAAUUUUGAGAGUAGCUGUUAGAGAUAUCACGGGUUUAGAAAAAAAGGUACUUAUCGGCCCGAGUGUCAGCUGAAUUUGAUCGUCUUAACUUUUUGGUGUUUGAUCCAAUUCAAAUUACUCAGUUUGUGGGCGUAUAACCUAUAAGUACCGAAAAGUUUGGUCAUAUUUUCAAAAAAUCUUCUGAUUGAAAAAUGCCCGGGUAUCGGGUUUUCAAAGAGUCCGGGUUUCGGAUAACCCAUGACAUCUCUGAUAUCAGUCUUUGUCAUCUUUAUAAAUGGGUUCGUGAUAUCCCUGUUAGCAAUCUUUCUAUAUUUUGUAGCCUUUAUCGUCUCUAUCCUCCCUUGAAAAAAAAUUUUUUACCCAAAUUAAUUAAUUAACCAAUUUUUUCUAAUUUUUCAAACCCUCUACUAUCAUCCCUUUUCUCUCAUUAAAUUUAUUUGCUUCAUUUCAUUAAAAAUUGUUGCCUUCCCCCUUUUUUUAUAAAAAAAUUUUUUCAGUCAGUCGAUUUUAUAAGAAUAGUAUUUUAAUUAUUUUCUGUCUUUUAAAAAAGCCUUUAUUUUACGCGAGUAAUAAUUAGUAUGUUUUUGGGAAAGAAAAAAAAUUUUCUUAGAAUUAUUUUAUUUUAAAUUAUUUUUGUUUAAAUUUGGUGACAAAAAUCGAAUAAUUCUAUUUUAGAAUUUUUUAAAGUCCCAUAUUUUAUGUAGCUUACCCUUAAGGCUCUUGACUCCGAUUGUUCUCUUUAAGCUCUAAAUUGUUCCUCAUAAUCACUUAUUUUUUCGAUAAUAAUCAAAGCUUAAAUAUUGUUCUCCUUAUUAUUUUUUAUAUUCUUUUAGUCCUUUUAUCGUUCAACUUUCCUUGACUUUAAUAGCCCUCUUUAUUAGUGUCCGGCAAACUCAUUUUUUCGGGCCCGGAAACCGGAUUUUGGACUUCUCGUUCAUGCCGGACCGGAUCCGGCCGGAUUUUUCUGAACUAAUCUGGUCCGGAAAAAAUCGGGAGAAAAUCCGGAUUUGGGACCCGGACUCCGGCAAAUCCGGCCUGAGACCGGUCCAGGCCGGUCAUACUCUUUAUUAAUUUAAUUUCGUUACUCUAAUAAUCCUCCUUUAAUAAGGAAUUAUACAGGUAUGAAUUUAACAAAUUCUUCCCCAUUUUCUUCAUCAUCUUCAAAAAAUAUUUCGAAUACUCAACUACAGAAAAAUCAACAAAAUCAACAACAACAAUCAAAUAUUCCUUCAUUCCCUCAACACUCAUCAGCAGCAGCUGUAUUAGUUCGGCAUACUUUGGACAGUGCUAGUGCUUUACAACAAACGUUGGAUAGACGAAAAACUUUCAGAUGCCGAGGAUCUUUGGGCCCUACAGUAGCUUCAGCUCCAUCAGUAGAACACGAAGACUACAGAACUCCAAAACCUUCAGUUGUCUCUCCUAUGGGUGGGAAAAGCUUUGAUUUUGGGGAAAGAGAGGGAGCUGCAGGUGUCAACUUUUCGGAUUCUAAUGGGCUCAUUAAGGCAAGUUUAAAAAUUUUUUUUUAA